AUGCCAGCGAACAAUGCAAAUGCAAAGGCCAUCGUCCAAACUGUCUUCACACUCACCCCCCAUAGAGUGACCAGUCCUCGGAGACCACCACCAGCUGCGCAUAUCUGUCGCAACCUCCACAACUCGUCGCCGCAGCGAGCCACUCCUCUGUCCGUUGGAGUGGUCGGACCGCCCCCCAACCCACCACUUCCCGCAACACCACAGUAUGGCGAGCGCAUCGAGAGGCGACGAAAGCAAGCGGAGAUGCUACGGCAGGCGAAGGAAUUCCGCUCCAGCCAGGACCAGAAAGGGAGACCAAACCCUCUGAAGAAGCGCUUCUGGAAGGAUAUGGCUACCAAAUCUUCCUCGACUCCCGCCCCGUGCGCACCCCCCACAAGACCAUCCUCACCAUCCCGCUCUCGAAACCGCACCUCGCCCACGCCAUCGCCCUAG